AUGCUCGCAACUGCGAUCAUUCUUGUAAACGAUGCCCGUGGACAACAGCAAUCCUGUCGAGCUCUUCUAGAUGGAGGAUCCACGACGUGCAUUAUCACAUCUCGCUGCCUUCAGCAACUCGGACUUAAGAAGAAAAGAAGCGCCGCUGAGGUUCUCGGUCUUGCUGCUGCCCCCGUAGGAACUGCUCAAGGUGCCACUUCUUUCGUAUUUCAACCCAGGUUCCCUGCAACCAAUUCGUACUCAGUGGAUGCUUUGGUUCUCCCAAGAAUUACUGAAGACUUACCACUACAACAAUGUGACACUUCCCGUUGGUCACACCUAAACUCAAUCAAACUCGCAGACCCAGGCUACUACAAACCUGGUCCCAUAGACAUCCUCCUUGGAUCCCACGUUUUCUGGUCUCUGGUCGGAGGUGGACGACAGCAUGGAGCAGUAGGUACUCCCAUGGGCAUCGAAUCCACUCUUGGCUGGCUAGUGGCUGGAAAUGUCAACAAAUCUCUCUCUCGUCCCCAAGUCUACGUCGCGGAUGUGGAUUUGGAUAAGCGCCUUCAAUCCUUCUGGCAAGUGGAGUCCGUUCCCGAGCAGCGGUCCCUCACUUCAGAAGAAAAGGCAUGUGAGGACCACUAUGUAUCUCAUCAUCAUCGUGGUGAGGACGGUCGGUUCACAGUAUCUCUCCCUCUCAAAUCGCCUAUGCCUCCACUGGGAAAUUCUCGUGAUGCUGCUCUUCGUCGCCUUCAACAGUUGGAAAGAAGACUCGUCAAGAACCCAGAUCAUCAUCAACAAUAUACAGAAUUCAUGCGUGAGUACCUCUCUCUUGGUCACAUGUCCCUCGUCCCUGCUGCGGAGGUCUCAAAUCCUAUCAAUCCAACGUAUUUCAUCCCCCAUCACUUUGUCCAGAAGACUGAUAGCACUACUACCAAAUUCAGGGUAGUGUUCGACGCCUCUGCAAAGACAAGCACAUCCAACUCUCUCAAUGACUGCAUGAUGGUUGGACCUACCUUGCAGGAUAGCUUGGUCGAUAUUGUGAUGAGAUUCCGUCUUCACAAAAUCGCCUUCACUGCAGACAUCGCCAAAAUGUAUCGCCAAAUCCGGGUCACGCCCUCAGAUGCAGAUCUUCAAAGGAUCCUUUGGCGUGAAAAUCCUUCUGAUCCUGUACAAGAAUAUCGACUUAACACUGUCACGUAUGGUACUGCUGCUGCUCCUCACUUAGCAGUAAAAUCUCUACAACAAUUGGCCGAUGACGAGUCCGAGUCCCUUCCCAUUGCUGCUGCAAAGACAAAAGAAGACUUCUACGUUGACGAUCUCAUCAGCGCUUACCCUCUCAUCUUCAUGAAUCUCAACACCAAUUGGACAUCUCCCUUGAUCCCUCUGUCAAAACACUUGGAAUACGGUGGAACACACGCGACGACCAGUUCGAGUUCCGCUACACCCAUUCCAAUGUCAUCAAAUCAAAUCACAAAGAGAAGAAUCCUGUCAGAAAUCGCCCAGCUAUUUGACCAACUUGGUUGGCUUUCUCCAGUAAUCGUCCUCUCAAAAAUUCUUAUGCAAAAUCUGUGGAAGGAACAGACAGGAUGGGAUGAUCCAGUUUCUCAAUCAAUUGCAACACUGUGGUCACAAUACAAAGAAGACCUACACAACAUCAAUAAUAUUACCAUACCAAGAUGCAUCGUCGACACUAUCCCCUCUUCGUGUGAACUCGGUGGCUUUUGCGACGCGUCAGAGAAGGCCUACGGUGCAGUCGUCUACCUCCUGUCCCACUCCUCUCAUGGUGGCCGGGUGGCCCUUGUGACAUCUAAAACUAGAGUUGCACCCUCCAAAACAAUAUCACUCCCCAGGCUCGAAUUGUGUGGCGCCUCCCUUCUCGCUCAACUAAUAAGCAGCGUGAAGAAAGCACUCAAACUUCCCGAAGACACUGCUGUUCGUGCUUGGUCCGAUUCAACCGUCGUCCUAGCGUGGAUCAAGUCACAUCCCUCAAGAUGGAAAACCUUCGUGGCAAAUCGUGUCACAACCAUCCAGGAGCUCAUCCCCUCGUCGUGCUGGUACCAUGUCCCCGGAACAGAAAAUCCUGCAGAUAUUUGCUCUUGUGGUCUCUUCGCCCGUGACCUCGUAUCAUCAUCUCUUUGGUGGGAUGGUCCUUCGUGGCUUCUAUCAUCGUCACGGGGUCCGUCCUCUCCAAUUGAGGUUGGUGACGAGAAUCUACAACAAAUCAAAGAUGCAGAGAGAAACGUCGUCGUUGUUACAGCCGCCCUUACUGCGCAACACGACUUAUCUCUACUUUAUCGCUACUCCGACCUCACUCACCUGACCCGAAUUACUGCAUGGAUUCUACGAUUCACAAAAAACUGCAAACCGCAGUCUGCACGUACCAGUGGACCUCUGACACCAGCAGAACUACGACAAGCUCUUCACACAUGGAUAAAAAUAACGCAAUCACUAUCGUUCCAUCAAGAAAUAUACGCAAUCAAAUAUAACAAACCGUUAUCAAAAAGCAGCCAAAUUCUCUCUCUCAAUCCAUUCCUGGAUUCCGAUUCCAUUCUCCGAGUUGGCGGUCGUCUCCGGAAUGCAACGAAAAUCUCAUCCGAUCAAAGGAACCCAAUCCUUCUUCCCCGACACUCUCAGCUGACGGAACUGCUCAUCCGCUCUCUUCAUCUUCGUCACCUUCACGCUGGCCCAACUCUUCUAAUGUCAAUAAGCCAGCAGCACUAUUGGAUUCUGAGGGUCCGAGAUGCAGUUCGUUUCCAGAUCAGAAGAUGUGUCACCUGUACGCGACACAAGGCAAUAACUCAACAGCAAUUGAUGGGUGACUUACCAGCAUCUCGUGUCAACCCUUCGUAUCCAUUUCAACGGUGUGGCGUGGACUACGCCGGUCCCUUUCUCCUUCGCCCUGACAUUCCAAGAAGCAAAGUUUCCGUCAAGGCAUAUCUGGCCUUAUUCGUGUGCUUCUCAACUCGUGCCUGUCACUUGGAACUGGUCAGCUCCCUUAGCACUGACGGCUUCCUAGCAGCUCUCCGCCGAUUCGUCGCCCGGCGUGGAAAACCCACCGACAUUCACUCAGAUUGUGGCACCAAUUUCGUGGGAGCUAACAAGGAACUGCAAGAACUCAAGAAUCUAGCUAUCUCUCAGACCCACAACGAUCUUGUCGCCAAAUCUCUAGCUGGAGAAGGAAUCAAAUGGCAUUUCAAUCCCCCCGGCAGUCCCCACUUCGGAGGAAUUUGGGAAUCUGGAGUGAAAUCUGUCAAAUUUCACCUCCGUCGAAUUUGUGGCUCAGCUCGCCUUACAUUUGAGGAACUCGCCACAAUUUUCGCCCAAGUCGAAGCGUGUCUCAAUUCUCGUCCGCUGACACCCUUCUCGAACGAACCAUCCGACCUCAACGUUCUCACAUCAGGACACUUCCUUAUCGGACAACCCCUCCUUGCUGUCCCUGAACCCAAUCUCACUACUUUGCCAGAGAACCGAUUGUCCCGAUGGCAAUUAGUCCAAUCGCUCCAGCAGCAAUUUUGGAAACGAUGGUCAUCAGAAUAUCUGUCCCGUCUACAACAACGUCAUAAAUGGCUACAACAAAAAACCAAUCUAAAAGUUGAUGACAUCGUCCUCAUCAAGGAUGAAAACCUUCCCCCUCUUAAAUGGAAUCUUGGCCGCAUCACAUCACUUCAUCCAGCCGCUGACAAUAAAGUUCGUGCUGUGACCCUUCGCACCAUGGCAGGAUCACUUCAACGCCCAAUACACAAACUGUGCCUUCUUCCAAUUAUCAACAGUCAGUGA